AUGAGUCUACCUCAGCAGCCUUCGCAGCCUCAACAGCUUUUGGGACAGGACGGGAAAGACACACGUAUGGGACGACAGCGCUCUGCUUCGAGAUCGAAUACGACACGGGCUCAAGAGUCUUUGAGUUAUUCCCAAGAUCCCCCAUAUUCCUCGCCAGAGCCUCAGCGAACUAUGUGGGUAGCUCACCGGCCUUCGAAUACUUCCCUGCAGUCGCGGCCGUCGCACCCGACUACCAAAGAACACGGUGACAACUUUGAAUCUUUGAUCGAGUCGCUUUGGCCAGGUCCUAAGCGUCGAUCCAUUGAUGAUCAAGAAUUGCAUCAGCAGCUCCAGCACUCGUACGAGUGCUCGAACCCACGUGCUCAAAUACCGCUGCAGAUUCUGGACAGCAGCUUCGAGCAGUUCCUAAGGCGAUCGAUGUCAACAUCGUCCGACCGUACCGAAGUUACAGACGGUACUCCAACACAGCAACGUCUACAUCCAUCGCAGCAUAAAUCAGUAACAUUCUGGCAAUGUCAGCAACAUCGCGGUAGCACAUCCGACAGUACUGGCAGCACGGAGACUUACGUUGAGCUGCCUCCAAUCCGUCGUCGCGAGAUCGUUUCCCGUCUGGAUGAAUCGGUCCGAAACGUGAUGGCGUCGGUGCUUUCGGAUGAAUACAGCAAUGUGUCGUGGAAGUAUAAGUUUCACAAGAAAGACAUUUCGUAUUACAUGGACGAAAAUAGUGUCGGGCUUGGGCAAGCAAGAUUCUGCUGUGUGACCCAAAUUCACGCGACGGUGGACGAAUUCGUACAGCUUUUUCAAGUGUCUGAUCCUGAUACGAUGGCUCGGAACAACCGCGUGCUCUCGGGCAGCUUGCAUGAGUCCCGAGUCUUAUCAGUCCUGCGCCAGCCGACGCAAGAGCAACCGAUGAACUCCAUGUACGUGAGGUAUGUGAGCUGCCAGGCCCCUGAAUUAUUGACAGCCCGGGAGAUGUGCGGUGCCAUUGCUACCGAAUUGAUUCGCCAGCCUGAUGGCUCCGCUAUCGGUUUUUGUUUCUGGGAUACCGUGAAUGACCCAGAAUUCGCCGAAGCUGCCAACAUUUUUGAGCAUUGUGCCCCGUUUCGUGCGGGAUUUUUUCUUCAAGGCCCAGGCCAAACUCGUUCAUCGACUGGUGGGUCUAUUCAAGGCUACACGAAGGUCGUGUACGUGGUGGAAUCGGAACACGGUGGCUGGGCACCCGGCCUGACCUCAAGACUGCUAAUGGAAAAGUUUGGCGCGAACCUCGCUCGCCUCCGUGCGCACUUUCGUCGCAAGCAGCUGGAUUCGCGCACAUUCGUGAUGAAGACCGAGUGGCGGUCAAAAAGGGCUGCGAAGAGCUGCAAGCGGUGUAAGAAACACUUCCAAGUACUCUCCCACCGCGUAAACUGUCACGCGUGUGGUCAUGUCGUUUGUAAAGCUUGUGUAUCCAAGGAGCUAGUGGAGCUACAUGCCGUCGACCUCGUCUCCAUGCAGAUAUGUCUCACUUGUCUCAAGAAAGUUGGGCUUUCAUUUCCGAGCUCGUAG